AUGGAGCGGGAGUGCCGGCUCCGCGCUCCCUUCGCCGGGAAGGCUCCGCGUAAGAAGCGCCGCUCGUCCCCUCUACCGGAGGCGGCCGCUCUCCCGGGCAGCCGGGCCGGCGGCUCCCAGAUGUGCCGGCGGCGCCUGUUCGGGAGCGCAGGGCCUCGCGGGCCCGAGCCCGCCUGUAAGCGCCUGUCCCGGGCGGGGUUCGGCGUGCAGGAGGCGGGGCCCGCACCGGCGGGAAAAGGCCUGAAGAAAAAGUUCAGUGGGAAAAACUUACCAAAGAUUAAAGAAAGUGUUGAAUAUACUGAAGAGAGCUCUUCAUGCAACCAAAGCAGUCAAGUGACUGGCAGUGAAACAAUAGACUUCAACAUAAAAGAAGAGGAGCCAGAAGAAAGCAGUGUACCACUGAAGGAUUCCAAACUAAUCAACUUUGACAAUAAAGGAAGUCUGAAAAAUGCUGAAGUGACUUCAAGUACAGAAAUUACUCUUCCCACAGGUGUUUCCACCUUCCUCAUAGAGUGUUUAGAUGAAGAUUCAGCUGCAGAUUAUAGCACUACUAGCAACAGUCUGCAAACUUACUCAUCCCCUGAAACAUUCAGAGAUGAUGAUUUGGAAAAAUGCAAUUUUUACUCUGUGGACAUUGGCAAGUACAAGAACUCUACUCUCCUGGACUCCAGCAAAGCAGUGACCAUUGAUAAGAUACCACAGAUGUCAAAUCUUUCAGCAAUAUUAGAACCUGUACCAGAGGAUUUUCCAAACCAACACACAAAAAGAAAGAGACCAUCAAGUUGCCAUAGCAGUUCUUCAGCAUUAAGCGUGUCAGCUACACUUGCAGGAAAAAAACUCCGUAAAAUAACAGCUGCAAGAGAGAGAACUCCAGAUCUAAAAAGUGGUUUGCGCUGUUCUUCACCAAUAGGACCGGAAAGCAAGUAUGGUACUCGAACAGCUAAAGCCAAAAGGCUGAAGAAAAAAGAAAGCAGUUUCAAUCCCUUUGAAGAAGGUUCAUCAUCAUUUAGGCAGCUUGAUGCCCCAGAAAACACGUCAGCCCGAUCAAAGGGGCUGACAGCAGAAGUUCUGCCAACCAAACCCACAGAUGCUGUGGUGCAAAUGACUUCCACCAUGCUAAUCAUGGAGGAAAAUAAAGUCCUAAAAAAUCCUGGUAAUGCUCAGCCUCUAGAGCUAGAUCUUAGCCUGUCGCCGGUGUGUAAAGCCUCAUCUGGGGAAGACCUGUUCCUGAAUACCACAGGUCCUUUUGUUAACUCAGAAGAAAUUGUUCCUGCAUCUCUGAGCUCAGAAAAAGAAAUGACUCCUCCAAGUCCAGAAGAAAAGAAUAUUUUAAAGCCUCAGUGUGACAGAAUGGAGAUCUGCUCCAUCGUGAGAUUCUCACCAGAGCCGAGGCCUUCCCGGCUGCACCGAGUUCCAGUUAACUCCAAAAAGUGUUACCUUCCCAAAGGAUUGCCUGAAGAUUCUAUAACGAGUACCAAAAAUUGGAUCUGCUAUAAACGGAGAUGAGCUUUUUGGCUCUGAACAGGAGUUAACAGAGGAAAUUACUGUCUUGCUGCUGUGGUGGUAAAACAGACCUCCUAACUAGCAAAUAAUGGUUGUAUGUUGUUUGAUGUUUAGUAUUACGUGUUUCAGUAAGCUGGUAAAUACUCAAAUACUUUAUAUUAAAUGAUUUUGUACCGCAGCUAGAUCCUGUUCUGGGCAUUAUUCUGCAAGGAUUCCAUAAAGAUGAUUCUUCAGUUUGUUUAGAUUUUUAAAAAGUUUGACUGAAGAACAGCAGACCAAAUGCCUUUAAUAGAAUUACUUUUGGCUCUCUCUCUGCCAAAAUUUCUAGUUUUCUCUACCAGCAUUAGUAUCUAAAGAUGAGACCUCUGUUUAAGUGUUAACAUUGACUGUGAAGGUAACUGCAUACCUGGGAGUGGCCAUGAGAGCAUUCAUGUACUCUUGGAGACCCAGAAGUCAAUAGUAUGCCACCUUUAAACUCCUUCAAUGCUUAGGUCUGCAGAACUUUGGAGGUACAGGACUGUGAGUUCUGCUGUAAUUUGAUUUCUGAACAUGACUACAGGUCAUUUUCACCUCAUCUCUUAGAAUUGGCUCUUAAUGAUCAGCACUGUUACCAUUCUGGGCAUAUCCACUGCCCAGCCACUGCCAUCUCAGAGUUUUUCCUGCUUCAUCUCAGGUAUUUUGUAAUAUCACAUUGCUGUCAUUGUUCCUUCUAGUGGCUUCAGACUUAAAGUAAAUGCCUUACAUGAACACAAUGGUGGGAAAAACCCUUUUAUAGCUGAACUGUUUGAAAAGAUGGAUAUUGACGUUCUGGAUUUUCAGGUUACUGCUCACACUAUGUCCACAUAAUUCAAAUUCCCAGUGCUUCCAGUUCAGGUUGUGGAUUGUUAAUUCAUAAAUGUUGUUCUUAAUGUGCUGAAUGUCUCAGAAAACACUGUCAAGAACAAUUUUUUUCUGCUUGAAUUCAUUGCACAUUAAAGUAAUUUGGAGCCCUGCAGUGUUCUCAUUACAAUAUCCUUUACUCAGACUUUCUCUGGACAAAAAGGAAGUUUUUCAAUGUUACAAAAUGCUAGUAUGGCUUUCAAAAGUCUGAGUUUAUUUCUCAGUGUUAUCACCCUGGAAAAUAGUUCUGUAUUUCCUAAAAGAGCAUUAAAAGAAGACGUACAAAAUCCACAACUGUAGUUUGACUGCGUUUGAAAAUACCUGUAAAAGUUCAAACCCUGAUCUUUUCCCCAUUGCUCUGGGGUAGAAGGAAGUGCAAAUAAUUGCUGCUGGAUUAGUCUGUGAACAGGUAUUAUAUAAACAUUCUGAAUGGCUCAAGGUUAAAAAUUAUGCCAUUAAACUUUUUCUUUAAAGCAUUAAUAGAACGAGUUCUGCCAAUAACUCCGUGGAGUCCUGUCGGGUAUGCUUUUAAUUAUCAAUAUCCUUGUUCUUGCAAAUACUAAAUCACUAGUAAUUAUGCAGGAAUCUAGAGCCCCUAGGAGACAGAGGUGAGCUCCUUGAUGUAGCUUUAAGCAAAAAUGAAAGUUACAUAUUUAGUAAGUUUACUUGAAUAAUCAUCAUAAUGCUUAUAAUGAUUAUUCAAGUAAAGGAUGGUCCACAAUAAAGAUGUUUAUUGUAAGGAUAUUCUGGAAGUCAUAGGAAAAAACACUUAUUUUGCCCCAGGCCAUUUGGUAGUGUUACCCAAAGAGACUAAUACUGACAAACUAAUUGGAAAGUACAAGAGAGGAAAACAUGGUCUGGAAGUGUGGAAUUGGCUGUAGCAGCCUGAAUAUUGCUGGGGUUUCUUUGUUUUUCUUGAUGUGAUGAGGCUGUAUAGGAGGACAGAAAUAUCAUGAACCACAAUCUCUUGUCCUUCCCUUCAGUUAUGAAAGCACUGCUUCUUAUCAUCUUUUGUCUGACUCUUAGAGAAAGUGUAAUUAAUUACCAGGCUAGCUCUUUGCCCCAGGGAAGGAAAUUCAUUUUGAGGCUGCAACAAUCCCUACUCUUGUUCUGCUGUUCUCAAAGGAAAGGCAUUUUCUCAUAGUUUGGUUUUCAGCUGAAAAAUUACUACAUAAAAUUUCAUUCAGAGUGGAAACUGGCUCUUCCAUAUUGGUAGAUAAAGGUUAAGGGUCAUGGCCAGUUAAUGGGUAGGACUGAGGAGGUUAUUUGUGCAGUGAUUCAGGAGAAGAAUCUGUUCAGUGUCACCAGGGCUGCUCUGUCACAUCCCAGACAUGAUGAAGUCUUAAUGGCUUGAAUGGAAUUGCUUGCAGCGAGUCAGUCCAUGCAAGAACUCUGAUAAUCCUUUAUCAGCAGGAAUUGUGCAUGGCAGAUGCAUGUUGAGUAAAUGUAUUGUACAUAAAUCUGUAAGAGGUUUUUCAUUAACACUGUUCAGUUAUUCCUGUUAUCUGAAGUGCACUUUUAGGAGACUUUGACUCCAAGUACUCAGAGAUGGUGGGAGAUGUGUCUUGUACAGGAGCACUACAAGGGUACAUGUGCAGGUCAGCGGAGGGCAAAGCCCUACAUGAAAAUGGUUCUGGUUUGGUUCAUAAUCUUCAGACACAGAAGAGAUGUCUGGGGCCCAGAUCAAAAUAUGCUGAAUGUAUGCAUGAGUUCACUUACAUUUAAAGGGACUUCAUCAGCUUGAAUUGCAAUGCACUUGAACUUAGCUAAUUCUUCAUUGCUCUAAGUUGUGAAACUACUGAAAGCUGAGUUACAUACCCUGGCCAAAAUUUAUCGUUUUGUUCCCUGAGGAGGUUUUAUCUUUGCGACUGUACUUUUGUGCUCCUCUUGAAGCCAGGAGGCUUCCACAUGCUGAAAGGAUGUAAAGAUUGGUCAUGUGUAAAUGUGUGGCAGACAUGUGUGCCUUCCAUACAGAACAAGGGGGAAAAGAUGCAGCUAAACAUUAAUUCCUGUUUUGUGUUAGAAUUGUCUACAACUUCUGGUAGAUGGAAAACGAAAUUCCUACAGAUAGAUGAUUGUGAAGAAUCAUUCUGUAGAUAUGUCACACAUGUGCUAAAUUAUGCAUUAAAAAUAAUAAUGCUUAAAUUAAUCUUACAUCAUACAUUGUUUUAGUUUAAUGUAGUUUAAUUCCAUUUUCCAGGGAAAGCAGAUGAGUCAUUCAGUUUUGUCAGUCCUUAAUUAAACUUCCUAGCAGGGUUGUAUCUGAACAGUGAGACAUUGAAGG